GGACACGUUGCACGGCAGCCGCGAGCCGAACACGGCGCCCCUUCAUCCACCCGGCCAUCUUCAUCCGAGCCAUCACAACACCAGCGCGACGGGAUCAGCCAUUCUCGACACAUAUUUGCAAUUUAUCGCCGAGAAUUCCGGUUUGACGACGAUGGGCCUCAGCCCCGAACAAGCCGCCGCUGUCGCGGCGGCGCACGCGGCCAAGAUGGCGCACAUGAGCGCCAUGGACAAGUUGGGCGGUCGUGGGAUCGAGGAUUAUCCCAUGAUCGGCCGGGACGAGGGUCGGGGGCCCGGUGUGGUGCACGAGGAUCGCCAGGACGCGAUGCAGGACAGGCACGUUGGAUUGUUGGAGGAGGGGGAGUCGUCGGGGGGCGAAGAGGACGACUUUAGCGAGAACGAGGAGCCGGAAAUCGUUAAAGCCGAAUAGGUGGCACGCUCGCGGCAAUCUGCGACCAUAGUUUGUUACACGAGUGACCCGAUUAUUAUUAGCAAGCGCUUUGGAGAGACGCGUUUUUCUUUUUUUUUCUUGGAUCCGAUCUUGGAUCUGGGCGCGUUCCCUUCGCUCGCAGUCAAAUCCAUCCACUACCUCAGUAGAGACUUGUUUUCCCAUUGUUUUCUUUUCGUUGCGGGAGAAUAGAAUUUUUGUUUUUUUUCUUUUUUUUUUUUUUUUUUGUUUUUCCAAAGAAAAGAUGAAGAAAGAAGAUGAAACGAAGUCAUGACACACACGUAUAAUUCACACGUUUACAUUUAUAUAAACCGGGCCGGUUCCGAUCGGAGAAACGAAUCCCUCCUUCGCUACACUCGGAGAAACGGAUCAGUGAUUUCCGUUUUCCCUUUUACUUUACGAACACGAUACAUACACACGCAUAAAAACACAUACCUAUACAUAUAUAUAUAUAUAUAUACUCUAUCACACAUCAUGUAAACACGUGUAUAUGCGCGUAUACAGUUUUUACCCCAGUUUAAAAUAUUCCAUCUGUCUACCUCAGUGAACCACGAUAAACGAUAAGUGAUAGGACAGACCAAGACGAAUCUCACGGACGACGAUGAUGAUGUUUCGGGAAGAGGAGAGAGAGAGAGAGAGAGAGAGAGAGAAUCAGAAUCAGGGAGACGAUAAAAAGAAAUGAUAUCGCCAUGGUUAUUCUUCGCAUGAUUUUUACUCAUUUAUGAAAAAUGAUUUAUGAAUACGAAGAAUCAGAUAUCGAUAUAUCGCGACAGACGUCGUUCAACCGGUUCCAACUGACCGGCGUUUUCACGGUCUCGUCGAAGCGAUUGAUUCG